AUGACGAAUCCACAAGCAUAUCAUCAUCGGGUGUGGUUCCGUUUGAUGAUCUCUUUGAUUUUCAUCAUCUAUUGGACAUCAUCGGAUUACUGUGUCAGAGGAGCAGGUGUCAUAGACGUUUCCUAUCAAGUUUCAAAUGUAAUGACCAAUUUGGAGAGCACACUUUAUGGUGCUGUUGUUCAUCCUACCAAUGGACAAUACUUGAUAAGUGUCGUUGGCUAUGUCUAUCAAAUUGAUCCAACCACGCUUGUGAAGAAAGUAUUCACUGGUAAUGGGGCUGGUGAUGCUGUUGACAAUGUCCCUGCAUUAUCGGCUAAAUAUUAUGAUCCCACACAACUCGCUGCUGGUACACGGUAUGUUUAUAUCGCAGAUUCGUAUAACUAUGUGGUGAGACAAUACGAUUUAACCACAGGUAUGGUCUCGUUCGUUUAUCAAGCUGCACCUGUUCCGUUUAAAAAAGGUAUGAACGGUGUUGCUGCCACAAAAGAUGACUCGGUGGUCUUUAUUUGUGAUGGAGGAAGAAGUCAGGUCAUUAAAUGGACCAGACAAAACAAUACCAGUGUCGUGGUGGCAUCAGGAUUAAACUUUCCAUUGGGACUCACUCUCACACCCGAUGGAGAUUUAUUUAUUGCUGACACCGAGAACCAUGUCAUUCGAAAAUUGUAUGCGAAUGGCACUUUGACCAUUUUUGCUGGAACACUCGGGCAACCAGGAUUCAGUGGUGACGGCGGUCCAGCCACCUCCGCUCUUUUAAGGUUUCCACAAGGUGUUACUUAUAACUAUGCUUCGAAAGAAGUUUAUAUUGUAGAUCGACACAAUCAUGCAAUUAGAAAAGUAGAUGCAAAUGGAAUAAUCACCAGGGUUGCAGGUAAUGGGGUUCAAGGUGCACCUGGUUAUCUUGAUGUCAAUGGGCCAUUAUUUAACUAUCCUACGGAUAUGUCUUUCCAUGGUUCAAAGCCAGAAUUCCUGAUCACUGACACUAAUAACCAAGUAUUACGAAGACUUAUCAUCACUUGUGCUGAUACCAAGUCAUACGUCUUGUCUUCUGACUAUUCCAAAUGUUUAGCGAUCUGUUAUGGAAAGAAUAGUGCUGACCCAACUGUUUGUAGCGGAAAUGGUACAUGUACGGAUCCUAAUCAAUGUACUUGCCGUUCAGGAUACUAUUCUCCAGAGUGUGCCUUAUAUGAUUGUUAUGGAAUUGUCUUUAACGACACACGAGUUUGUUCAGGAAGAGGUAGUUGUUACGCUCCAAAUAAUUGCAGUUGCAACCCCAAUUACAGUGGAAAUAAUUGUCAAACUUAUUACUGUUAUGGAGUUGUGAAUUCAAACACUUCAGGUGUUUGUUCUGGACAUGGAACUUGCUCGUCCUACAACAAUUGUACUUGUAAUCCUGGUUAUUAUGGAAGUAACUGUGAACUAUAUUAUUGCAACGGCAUUCAAUUUAACUCAUCCUCUGUUUGUAAUGGAAACGGAACUUGUACAGCACCAGAUACAUGCUCAUGCAAAUCAGGAUAUAGUGGAACGAAUUGUGAAAUUUACUACUGCAAUAACAUUCUCUCCAAUAGCUCAAGUGUUUGCAAUGGAAAAGGAAAAUGCACUGGUCCUAAUAAUUGUACCUGUACAACUUCAGGUUAUUUUGGACAAUAUUGUGAUCAAUUCAAAUGCUAUGGAAUUGUGAACACAGACACUAAUAAUGCAUGCUCAGGCAAUGGUACAUGUAUUGCACCAAAUGUUUGUUCAUGCAAUAAUGGGCCAAAAUCAGGAAAAUAUUAUGGAGAUCAAUGUCAAUAUUAUAAUUGCUCUGGUAUCUCAUACAAUGACCCCAACGUUUGUUCCUCAUUCGGUACAUGUGUAGCACCAGAUACAUGCUCAUGCAAAUCAGGAUAUAGUGGAACGAAUUGUGAAAUUUACUACUGCAAUAACAUUCUAUUCAAUAGCUCAAGUGUUUGCAAUGGAAAAGGAAAAUGCACUGGUCCUAAUAAUUGUACCUGUACAACUUCAGGUUAUUUUGGACAAUAUUGUGAUCAAUUCAAAUGCUAUGGAAUUGUGAACACAGACACUAAUAAUGCAUGCUCAGGCAAUGGUACAUGUAUUGCACCAAAUGUUUGUUCAUGUAACAAUGGGCCAAAAUCAGGAAAAUAUUAUGGAGAUCAAUGUCAAUAUUAUAAUUGCUCUGGUAUCUCAUACAAUGACCCCAACGUUUGUUCCUCAUUCGGUACAUGUGUAGCACCAGAUGCUUGUGUAUGCCAACCUGGAAGAAAUGGAACCAAUUGCAACAAUCCUCUCUGCUUUGGUAAACAAUCUGAUGAAAAGGAUGUCUGUAAUGGACGAGGUAGAUGUGACUCCACAGACAAAUGCACAUGCAACGCUGGAUUUGGAGGCGAAUCCUGUCAAUAUUCAAUUUGUUUUGGAUUACUAUCAAACAGUUCAGAAGUUUGCAGCAAACAUGGUACUUGCAUAGGUCCAGACUCUUGUCAAUGUUAUCCUGGAUAUGGCACAAAUACAUGUAAUGUGACCUCUUGUUUUGGUAUUUCAAGUAUUGAUCUCUCUGUUUGCUCUUCACAAGGAAAAUGUUAUGAGUUAGACAAGUGUACUUGUUACGAUGGAUUUGUUGGAAAUACUUGUCAAUACCAUGGAGUGCAAUUGGAUGGAUCAACUUCUGUGAUUUAUUCAAGUAAGAAGUCUAUAACAUCUCUUGCUCCUAGCUUCUCUUCAAAGACUUGUUUGGAACUAUUCCCAGAAGACAUUUCCUUGUUGGGAGACACUAAUAAUGUGGAAUGCAAAUGGGAUAGUUCAGAAUUUAAAAUCAAUCUUGGUUAUGGACAUUUGAUUGAUAACAUGAAUCUUUUAAGAUUAACACCCUAUAACAUUACUUUACGGGUAGAUACUACAGCGGCUAAUACAAUGAAACAAAAUUCACAAUAUGGUGUUACUCUAGAUCUUGCCCUUUCUUCGUAUCCUUCUGGGUUGGAUAUUGUGGUUAGAGCUUCAUCAAAUAAUACUUAUCAGGGAUUCAGAAACAUGUCACUUUCUUGGAUGUGUUAUUCUUCAGACUCUUCAACUCAAGUGGCCACACAAUGUGUGACUGGUGUUCAGAAUUACCUCUCCAAUUUAGCCAACAAACCUAUUAUCAUUAUUCCAAGUAGUCUAUUUUCCGAAUUCUCAGGCUCUGUUUAUUAUAGACAACUUCCAUUAGCAUUACAGGGAAAUAAUGGACUUUCUACUGCUUUUUCUACUCGACCUUAUUCUGUAGUGUAUGCAAAAGUGACCUAUCCUUCCUAUAACAUAUUGAGUGACACAACGAUCAUUGAUCAAAACAGAUUUUUGGAUUGUGUGGGAGAAUCAUGUAUUCUUGAGGUUGCUCCAAAUGGUGCAAGCAGCUCCAUGAGUUAUGCUUUUCUUGAUGCAUUUGCAACAUUGUCAUCUUCUUAUGAAAAGGCUCAAAUGAUUCGAAUUGUCAACUAUCAACCAUCAACUUCAAGUGUAUUUGCUUCAACCUAUAAUGGAGAAUUUCUUGUCAUUGGUCUUGCUACUGUUCCAACUAGUAGCUCAAUUAAGGUCUCCUAUAAGGCAUAUGAUAAGAUUAAUCUAGUGAUGACCAAUGUUGAAAAAUCCUAUUCUCAACAAAGUAAUAUUACAAUUGGAGUGAACAUGAUCGAUCCAUAUAUCUCUAAUUUCACACCAGAAACAUCAACAUUGAGCUAUCAAUGGAGUGUGAAGGAUCUAUCGCUGAAUACUGAAAUUAUUUCUCAAACAAGUUCCUCAUUACAAAUUGCAGCUGGAUCUUUGGGCCCUGGUGAAUACAAGGUUGCUCUAUCCAUGAUGAUUGUUGGAGAUAGCAGUAGAAAUGACAAUAUGAAUGUGACAGGUACAUUUGUUGGAACACUGACUGUGUUAAAUUCGACCAUCACAAUUCCAGAUAUUAACAUAAAUACCGUACCAGCAAUCUCACCCUAUGGCAGAAAUUUAGUGUUAACUGCAACAAUUACUUCACAAAGUGCAUGCAAUAACGUGGCUUGGACUUUACAAAGUGGAUUAUUGAGAUUGACAUCAAAUAACCUGACCAGUAAUGCAUCGAUCAGCACUUUUAUUUCACAAAAUACUUUUAAUGAAGUAAUCUAUGGCACCAACAAUGUAGUGAGCAAAUUGAUCAUUCCUGCUUCAUAUUUACAAGCUGAAACAACCUAUGUGUUUGGGGUGUCUGCAUCCAAUCAAGAUGGAGCUUCCUAUGCAAGAGUUUCAACUCGAAUUGAUGCUAAACCAAGAUUCCAUUGUGAAAUUUAUGAUCCAUCUUCUAAAAUGAUUGCCUAUGAAAGCCAAUUUGUCAUUUAUUGUACUCACACUGUAGAGAGUGUUUCGAGUUAUUUGAUGGAAGUUUUUUCCAAUUCUAAUAUCAAACGAAUGGUGGUUCUUUCGAACACUCCUAAACGAUGGAUCAUUGCUCGAUUACCUUACUCACCAAAUGGAAUUACAGUCUCUGUCACUCUUAUCAAUACUAAUGGAUCGAUUGCAAAAUUUCAACAAUCACUUUCAUUGAAUUUACCUUCCACACUUGCUCAAGAUUUAUCCCUCACAAAUACUUUGAAUUAUGUCCGUUAUAGUUUCAAUGGUUGGAGAGGAAAUGAAACUCUGAGAAUAGACAGUGCUGUAACAGUAUCUUCUCUAUUUUCAUUACUUCAAUACUCGAUGAGUCAACGAUCUCAAGGAACCAUCACUAAGACAACCUCUGAUGCUCUUGCUACUUUGUUGAUUGACAUGAUUAAUGUAUUGAAUGGUAUUCCUGAACUUGGUGUUAAUGUGGAUGAAAAGAUUCUCCAAUUAGUUCUUACACCUUUAAGAAAUAUUUACACAAUGCUUUAUGCUCAAUCUCCAUCGACUAUUGAUUCACAAGUCACAAAUAUUUACAAUUGGUUGAAUUAUUUCUUGAAUGCUGCUGGAAAACAUUCAGAUCGCUUUUGUUCAAGUGCAACAAAAUCAUUGCUGUUGGAUAAUAGUCAAGUCACUGAAAUUGUGGACUUGUUUGGCAUUUGGAGCACAAAAUCUGUAGACUUUACCAAAUUGUUAAUCUCAGUAGCUAAUCUAGCCCGAAAAGUGAACUCAAUGUCCGGAAAUUCAUCCACUCCCUCAAUUCCACUUCAAUUAUCAAGUGGUUCAGCACUUUUUGAAAGUGUUUCACAAUUUAAUCUACUCAAUGGAAAGAAAAUCUCUCUAUCCAAUUCAGUUCUUAUUCAAUUUCCCACCAAUUUUGAUUCACAAAUGAUACGAAAUGGAUUGACAUCGAGUACUACAGCCAUUGAUAUUCUCUCUUCCGUCAGCACUCCACCCAAUGAAAAUUCCAUCUUGAGUCCUGUGGUUUCUCUCUCUGUUUUAUCCAGGAAGGAUAGUAGUGUGUUGAGUGUGAAAGACCUCUCUCUCUCCUCUCCAAUUACAUUGUACUUUAAUGGAGUGACCUUUAUGCAAAAUACUUCUUCAAUGGGUACUUCUCUCAAUUUAACAUGUUUCUAUUUUGAUUCUGUCUCAAAUCAAUGGAAAUACGAUGGUUUAUCUUCAAAUUUCACAAUUUUAAAGAACGAGUCUGGUCUCAUUACUUACAACUUGAUGUGUGCCACCACUCAUUUAACUUCAUUCUCUGUGAUGAAUAUACCUCAACCAGAGCAAUCUCAACGAACGAAUAAGCCAACCACUUCUCCUAAUAGUACAGAUAAUUCAGGAAUCAUUGCAGCCAUUGUAGUUCCAAUUUUAUUAGUGUUGAUCUUUACAGUGAUUCUUGUGGUGAUUGGUGUCAUUGUAUUUAUCGUGUAUCGUCGAAAGAAGGCUCAAAGUCAACUCGAAAGUGUUCCAACUUCGAGAACCAUUCAAAUUGAAUUAGGAAAUGAUAGUGGACUCGAUGCUUCAUUCUUCCCAUCCGAUGAGAGUGUGAAUUUCAAACCAUUGAGUCAAGGAAGUUCUGCUGGAUCGUCAGGAACUGGAUUUGAUCCCAUGUCACGUUAUAAAAACUUUAUUAGAAUUGGACAAGGUGCAUUUGGUUCAGUCUUCAAAGCAGAAGACACAAGAAAUAACAAGAUGAAAGCUCUCAAAGUUAUUAAAUUCACAAAUAUGGAAGAAUUGAAUACCAUGAUGAAAGAAGGUACUCAAUUGAUGAAUAUUGAACAUCCAAACAUUCUCAAAGUGAAUGAUUUCUUUGUGGAUAAGGGAAAUAUUCUCGUCAUUGAUAUGGACUUUUAUGAACAUGGUGAUUUAAGCAAAUUGACAGCAGCUGAAUUCCAUUGCUCAGAGAAGAUUAUCAAACAAGUGAUUUAUCAAAUGUGUGAUGCACUUGAUUACAUUCACUGUAGAAUGAAACUUAUUCACCGUGAUGUGAAACCAAGCAAUAUUUUCAUUAAGGAAUUAGAUGAGGACAAUAUUCAAAUUGUAUUGGCAGACUUUGGUUUAGCAAAAGCUCAAAGCAACAACUCGAUGAACAAUUCCUAUGCAGGUACUCCAUUAUUCAUGUCACCUGAGCUUGGUUUGGGUGGUAAAUAUUAUGCCAACACAGAUAUUUACAGUUUGGGAGUGGCCAUCUAUCAAAUUAUGACAAAGGAUACUUUCACAUCGAUCAGUAAUAUUUAUAUGGCCAAGGAACCUGCUGCUGUUAAAGAAUGGUUGAGAACCAAAUUGCAAGAAGGUCAAGAAUACUCUCCACAAUUGAUUGACAUUACCUUAUCCAUGUUGGAAAAGGAUAACUUGUCAAGACCUCAAGCUCAAGAUAUUCUCAGUAAUCCAUACUUUGAUGAUCAACGAAGAAGAAGAAAGAAGAAGUAA